CGCUAAGAAAGAAUCUGAUCUCAAUGGAGCCCAGAUCAAGCUUCGAGAAUAUGAAGCAGCCCUGAACUCUAAAGACGCAGCUCUGGCUACUGCACUUGGUGACAAAAAAAGUUUGGAAGGCGAUUUGGAGGAUCUGAAGGAUCAGAUUGCCCAGUUGGAAGCCUCAUUAACUGCUGCCAAGAAACAGCUAGCAGAUGAAACUUUGCUUAAAGUGGAUUUGGAGAAUCGUUGUCAGAGCCUUACUGAGGAUUUGGAGUUCCGUAAAAGCAUGUAUGAAGAGGAGAUUAAUGAGACCAGAAGGAAGCAUGAAACACGCUUGGUAGAGGUGGAUUCCGGGCGUCAGAUUGAGUACGAGUACAAGCUGGCUCAGGCCCUGCACGAGAUGAGAGAGCAGCACGACGCACAAGUGAGGCUAUACAAGGAGGAGCUCGAGCAGACUUACCACGCUAAGCUGGAGAAUGCCAGACUGUCCUCAGAGAUGAAUACUUCCACUGUGAACAGUGCCAGGGAAGAACUGAUGGAAAGUCGUAUGAGGAUCGAGAGCCUCUCGUCUCAGCUUUCUAAUCUACAGAAGGAGUCUAGAGCAUGUUUGGAAAGGAUUCAAGAGUUGGAGGACUUGCUCGCUAAAGAAAGAGACAACUCUCGUCGCAUGCUGACUGACAAAGAGAGAGAGAUGGCCGAAAUAAGGGAUCAGAUGCAGCAACAGCUCAGUGAUUAUGAGCAGCUUUUGGAUGUGAAACUAGCCCUGGACAUGGAGAUCAGCGCGUACAGGAAACUCCUGGAAGGAGAAGAAGAGAGGCUGAAGCUCUCUCCAAGCCCUUCCUCGCGCGUGACGGUGUCCCGAGCGUCCUCCAGUCGCAGCGUGCGCACCGCUAGGGGCAAGCGGAAGAGAGUGGACGUGGAAGAGUCCGAGGCGAGCAGCAGCGUCAGCAUCGCGCAUUCGGCCUCGGCCACCGGGAGCGUGUGCAUUGAAGAGAUAGACGUGGAUGGGAAGUUCAUCCGCUUGAAGAACACGUCCGAGCUGGAUCAGCCAAUGGGAGGCUGGGAGAUGAUCAGAAAGAUUGGAGACACAUCCGUCACUUACAAGUAUACCUCACGAUACGUGCUGAAGGCAGGCCAGACUGUUACAAUUUGGGCUGCAAAUGCUGGUGUCACAGCCAGUCCUCCCACCGACCUCAUCUGGAAGAACCAGAACUCUUGGGGCACUGGUGAAGAUGUGAAGGUUAUAUUGAAAAAUUCUCAGGGAGAGGAGGUUGCACAAAGAAGUACAGUCUUUAAAACAACCAUACUGGAAGAGGAAGAGGAGGAAGAAGAGCCAUCUGGAGUGGUUGUUGAGGAAGAACUUUUCCACCAGCAGGGAGCCCCGAGAGCAUCCAAUAGAAGCUGUGCAAUUAUGUAAACUUCUCAGCGCAACUGUCUUCCUCAGUAUAAAGAAGUAUGGUAAUCCUGUAUACAGUGCAGAGCCUUCUCAGAAGCACAGAAUAUUUUUAUAUUUCCUUUAUGUGAAUUUUUAAGCUGCGAAUCUGAUGGCCUUAAUUUCUUUUUUGACACUGAAAGUUUUGUAAAAGAAAUCAUAUCCAUACACUUUGUUGCAAAAUGUGAAUUAUUUACGCUGAACUAACUGUGCUGUUUGGAAAGGGUCUCAAAUAUUUUUGGCUUUUGUUUUGUAAGUGUGUAUGUAUUUUCUGUUUUUUAAGUUCUUAUGAGAAGGGAGGGGUAAAUAAACCACUGUGUCUCUGGUAUAAAUUGAAGAUUGCUCUAUCUAGAUUGACAGUCUGUUCUUGACUCUUCUCUGCUAUAUAUAAAACGGUGCUGUGAGGGAGGGGAAAGCAUUUUUCAAUAUAUUGAACUUUUAUACUGAAUUUUUUUGUAAUAAGCAAUCAAAGUUACAAAUUUUGUUUUGUUUUUUAAAUAGAAAAGAGAAUUUUGUAAGAAGGCAAUAUUUACCUAAUCAUGUAAGCUCUCUGGAUGAAGGACUCCGCAGAACUGUUUAAUGGUUAUUUCUCUUAGAAUCUUAAUUCACGAGGGCAGUGGGGUCGGGCAGGGGUGGUGGGAUGAGGGAAGGGCUUCUCUAUUAAAAUACAUUAGUUGUGUUUUUUAAGAUAGCGUAACAUGCUUAAAUUUCUUAUAUGACAUUAACAAAUAAAAAGUUCUUUUAA